AGUGCGAUCUUUUUGGUUGGAUUCUGAAAAUCUAAAGCUCCUCCCACCAUCUAUCUAUUAGCUUUGAGGAUGCGUUCUCUUCUCACAACUCCAUCCCAAAUAUGCCAAAUAUCCCAGAAGUGUCACUGGGCUCAGGCUCAAAAGCCAUGCCCCUCGUUGGCAUGGGCACUGCAGUCUACCCCUUCGCCCCAUCCCAUACCAUGCGAUCAGCCAUGUUGCGGGCAAUCGAGCUUGGUUACCGACACUUUGAUACUGCCGCUCUCUACCAAUCUGAGCAGCCUCUUGGUGAGGCCAUUGCUGAGGCUCUUCGCUCCGGGCUGGUCAACUCCCGGGAUGAGCUCUUCAUCACAUCCAAGCUGUGGUGCAGUGAUGUCCACCAUGACCGCGUCCUGCCUGCUUUGCGUAGAACCCUUCAGAACCUUCAGUUGGAGUAUCUCGAUCUCUAUCUCAUACAUUGGCCCGCAAGCACGAAGCCAGGAAGGUACGAGCUGCCAUUUCCAAAGGAGGAGCUUUUACCAUUUGACAUGAACUCAGUGUGGGAGGCCAUGGAGGAGUGUCAGAAGCUCGGGCUAACAAAAUUCAUUGGUGUCAGCAAUUUCUCUUGCAAGAAGCUGGAAACAUUACUUGCCACUGCGAGAAUUCCUCCUGCUGCUAAUCAGGUUGAAGUGAAUCCUCUUUGGCAGCAAAAGAAGUUGAGAGAGUUUUGUACCGCCAAAGGAAUUCAAAUUUGCGCAUACUCGCCUUUAGGAGCAAGAGGGACUCUAUGGGGCACAGGUUGUGUAAUGGAAUGUGAUGUUCUGAAAGAGAUAGCUGCAGCUAAGGGAAGGACUCUGGCUCAGGUUUGCCUAAGGUGGGUGUAUGAGCAAGGGGACUGCGUGUUGGUGAAGAGCUUUGAUGAGAAGAGGAUGAAAGAGAACCUAGACAUACUGGAUUGGGAAUUGAAUGAAGAAGAGAGGCACAAGAUUCGCCAAAUUCCACAGCAGAAAGGAUUUCCAGGCCUGGAGUUUGUAUCAAUUGAUGGACCAUAUAAAUCCCUUGCAGAACUAUGGGAUGGUGAGAUUUAAUGGAUGAAAAGAUGGCAACCUGCAUGCUUAUGUGUCGUAUUUAAUUAUCAGCCCAUUCCUAAGAAAGAAACUAAAAUAAAUGUUCAAAGUUCAACAGGCCUUUUUUCUUGGUAUAAAAGUUUGAUCUACGUAUCAGGAGGAAGAAGGUAAAGAUCAUCCCAAAUUAGCUUGGCUAAUCUGCCCACCUGAAGAUUGCCCACUUGCUGCACUGAACUGUUCUCCUUGACCAGAUGGAUAGCUGUUACCUUGCUCAACCUUCUUGCACUUGUUUUUUGUGGACUUUGAAGUAUUAUACAUUAGUAAUAUUCAAAAGUAAAAGGUUUUGUGCUCA